AGAGAGAAAGGGGGAAGAGUGUGAACAAGAGAGAGAAGAGGCGUUCUCUAACAGAAAGAGGUAGAGGAGAGGAGAGCAAAAUAGUUGUUUUCUAUCUCCGUGUGGCCCACACUGAGAGUUGUCUCACCAAAAGAGAGGGAAUAUUUUUUUUUUCUUCUGUUCAUGUUAUCACCACUGAUCAUACAGAAUAAAAACCUUGUUAAACUUGGGUUUUCUUCAAUCUGAACUCAACAGUAAAACUGUAAUCUCAGACUGAUUAUUCUGACGAGGCUAGUUUUAUUAGGAUCCUACUAGUUGUCAUAAUACCAGUCUGUCUCUGAGAUGGGGUCCAGAACUCUUCUACUUGUUCUGGGUCUUCAUUUCACUCUUCUGGGGAACCUAGAGGCCAGAGUUUGCGGCCUGGGCUUCAAAGCCAAAGGGAGACAGCAAUGUGUUGAUAUAGAUGAGUGUAAAGAGAAGGACAGUACCCCACCCUGUGGAAGUAAAGCUGCAUGUUACAACACACAGGGGAGCUUCUACUGUCAGUGUCUACCUGGGUUCAGAUCCACAACAUCUUUCAAGUUUACUCCUCUCGCUGGAGAGUGUAACGAUCUCAAUGAGUGCCAGAAGACACCACAGGUUUGUGGCAGCAACGCCACUUGCCUCAACACCAUCGGGAGCUACCUCUGCCAGUGUCAACCUGGGUUCAGAUCCACAACGCCUGUCAACUAUACUGCUCUCACUGGGGAGUGUAAGGGUGAGUAUUCAAGUGUGUGUAACAACUUUCCUCCUCUUCGUCUGAGGCGGAGUAAGGAUCGGACCAAAAUGCUGCGUGAUAAGUGUCCAUAUUGAUUUAUUCAAAACCACACAACUGAACGCUGGAACAAAAAUAAUAAACGUGAAAUCUACAAAACCGAAACAGCACCGUGUGGCCCAAACACUCACAAGGAAACAAACACCCACAAACAAAAAAGUGAAACCCAGGCUACCUAAGUAUAAUUCUCAAUCAGAGACAACUAACGACA